GGGCUCAGCAGCACAUGGGGGCCGGGCAAGAGAAGGGUGUGCUUGUUUCUCUGUGUCUGCGUGUGUGUGUGUCUGUGUGGGUCAAGCAUCAUCAGUGCCAGGCUAGAGAAGUGAGUGCUUGUGGCUCUGUGUGUGUCUGUGUGUGCGUGCGUGCGUGCGUGCGUGCGUGCGUGCGUGCGUGUGUGUGUGUGUGUGUGUGGUGUGUGUGUGAGUGCCUGUGUGGGUCAAGCAUCAUCCGUGCCACGACGGACACAACUGCGGCCGGUUCUCAGUGUAUCGUUGUGAUUGUGUUAUUGUCACUGUAUUGUGUAAAAUGCACGAAUGUUGUACAGCUUGUUGUGUUGCAUUUUUGCAUUGCCUCUGAGUACAGUCAAUACAGUAACGCUGAGUUCUGUACACUGAUUACAAUUGUAGAGUACAAUAAUGUAUGAAAAUCAUUUAGUUUUUUUACAGCUGCCAUUUGCUCCAAACGUGUUCCUAUUCAAUUAUAUUUAAAUCUGUUUUCUGAUAGUCACCGCUAAGUCUUAUGUGUUUUAUGUGUGUGUUAUGUGUGUAGCAUUUAGAGAUCGGCCCUUGAGUCAAGGUUGAAUGUGACCUUGCAAGCUCAGAAUUUCUCUGGGUAGUUUGAAUCUACUGUCAAAUACAAUAAUCUGUUUAAUUAUAUUCCAGAAAGUCAUCCUCCAUUUCUUGUAUGUGUUACUAAAUGUUGAGAUGUAUUAUAAACCUGUCACGCUCAAUGCUUAUGAUAAUGACCCAAAGAACCAAUUAAAGUUGUAAAUGCUAAUUCACAUUGUUCACAGGUGGACUAGCUUUAAGCGAUACAUCCCAUGCAGGUCUUUGUUAUAAUGGGAAACAUGUAUGACAAAAAACUAUUGAAAAUACAAAAUAAUUAAAAUGACCAUGUAAAAAUUAAUCUGGGUUCAUCACAUUGAAGAUCCUAUUGAAUUACAGCUUGUCCUCUUUAUAUUGUUGCAACUAUAAUGUGUAUAUGUUUAUGUUAGGCGGGUAAAAUAUAACAAUAUUUCACACAUAAAAAGGAGGAACAUAAAACUAAUCAGGGCAAGAAUUAGUAUUUGGGGAUGCUCAAAAUAUUUGUUUGCUAUUGAUGCCCGGUAACACUAAGUUUCACCUUAAAUACAAUUGUUCCAUUCCAUUGUCUAAUUUAAUACAAUUUGAUUACUUUCGCUGCGGGACUGAAAGAGACCAUGAAAGUUUACCAAUACAGGGACAUCCUUGGAUCAGUUACAGGAACUAUGAUUGUACUGUACAGUUGUAUGUCUAUCGUGACAUGACGUCAGGCGUACAUUACAUUGUUAUUAGGAAUUUUUGAAGGAAGACAAUUAUUGUGUAAUGUAAACUUCCACUUAUUCUUACUUAAUCUGUAAAGUGGUAAAGAAACCGAUCUCUGUUCUUGGAAGCCCGAAUAAUUCAUGCGGAGGGUUGUACUUGGUGGCAGCGAGGGGGGACGGGUCUUGGGGAGUAGCCAGACCGCUCUCACAGACUCACGCACACAGCCUCGCAUGGGUCACCAGCAGCAGUCAGACCGGAGUGCUACAGCUAGCUAGUGUGACUAGCAUCCGCCGCUUAACUUGGACCAGAAGAGACUCUGUUGUUGUUCUUUGGCGAUUUGUGGAGAACACCCGGAAACGAAGUUAGAUAUGUAUCGUGUGGACUUCUGCGUUUUAAAUGCUUUCAAUUAGGGCGAAACAAAAACACGCUUGAGUUAAGUUUUGCUAAACUUGGCGGUGGCAGUGAUUCAGUCUAUUGGUUGGAGGAGCGACAGCAGAUACCCUCCGAACGAGAGGGGCACGCGAACAAAGCCGUGAUGUCGGAAGACUGCGGGCGCCCUGCGUCCACCUCGUCCGUCUCCUCCAUCUCCCUGCUGGAGAUCAAGGGGGAGACGCGCCUGGUGCUCAAGGCCUUCCUGCGCAAGUCCCUGGACCUGCCCCUGGGCGACCGGCCGGGCCGGGUGGGGGGCGCCUACAAGGACAAGAGCAAAUACAGCUCUCAAUUUUACCGACGGACGGACGAUGAGGCCAGCUCCGGCGAUGAGAUGAAGAAAGGCUUGAAGAGCCUCAUCCGGCGCACCAUGCGUCGGCCCCCCAAAGACCCCGCCCCCGGGAACAAGGACCCCAACGGCUCCCUGGAGAAGGACGCGCGGCCCAAGGCUGCCCCCGGCCUCGCCGUGAACCGCCUCCGAGAGCAGGACGAGCCCUUCUCCCCGUCCUCCACGUCGGAGGAGGACAACGGGGAGCCCCGGCUGCACAAGAAGACCAAGAAGACCAAGAAGCUGAAGAAGCAGUUCUCUGAUCUGUUCCGCCGCAAGAACCCCAAGGACUCUCCGGAGAAGACGGACCCCCGGCCCCAGAGGCCCAACAAGCUGUCCCUCAACAUCGGGCUGAAGGCCCCGGACCUCAUCGACUCCCCCAACCACCCUCCUGAGUUCUACGAGGACGUAGCAGAGAGACUGGAAAGGAUUGCCAAGCGGUCCAACACCACUAAGAGGAUAGCUAGUCCGGUCGAAGCUCCAGCCGCCCUCGUGACCAACUCAUCCACUGCCCAACCCACUGAACCUGUUUUAACUAAGGAAGAGGUGGUGAAUCAGCUCAUCAAUGUUCUCUCCAUGGAAGCAGAUGCCAUCACCUCAAAGAUCCAGUCGGACCCCUUCCUUCGCAACAAGCUGACGCGCCUCUCAUACCCCUCCUUCGCCAAGCUCCUGGACGCCUUCAGCAACAUCGAGGCGCAGCCCGCCGUCCCGCCGCUGCCGGCGCCGCCCCCCCCCGGCGCCAGCCCCACCCUGCGCCGCGUGGCGGUCACCAUGGAGGUGUCGCGCCGCGUGGUCACGGCCACCGGCGCCCAGCGCAUGCAGGGCUACGCCGAGCGCUACAUGGAGACCUUUGCUCCCUGGCUGAAGAGCCACGGCGGAUGGGAGAACAUUGUCCAUUUAGAGGAGGCUUCUGAGUUUGACUGAGAGGUCAGAGGAAACCUUCCCUAGUGGCCAACAGGGGUAUGACCACUUCCUGAAAAGCCGAACCGUUUCUCUCCCACCUGCUGGGAGAGAAGACGGCCCCCGAGAGCAGCCAUCUUUAGCUGCGGGGGCAUUGAAGAACAAAGGCUUCCUCGUUGAAGACGACAUUGCAAUGGUUUUGAAAGCAUAAAAAACGUGAAUACAUGAAUGAAUGUAUCAUGAAUCAGUUUGGAACAUCCAGAAAGUCCUAAUUUUGGGGUUUGGAUUGAGCCCAGGUCGUUAAUCCACGAGGUAUAAAGAUAUGAUUAGGACUAGAGCAUCAACAGGUCUCUAGGAGGUCGUUGCUUUUUAUAUGACACGUCUUUACAAGAACUGAACAAAGAACGUUUCUUAAUGAGGGGUGGUACUGUUUACCAUUGUAGGACUAAUCAGUGCGAGGAUGUGAUCUCAUCCAGGAACACACGAUGCAGUCUGGUUGUUCUGGGCCCUCAGUCCAAACCCCCCUGAAACGGUUGGGAAUGCCGUGUCUUAACAAGCCUU